UUGUAGUAGUUUAAGAUAAGCUUUUCCUAUUUGAUUAGCAACUUCGACCCAUUUUUUUUUUUUUGUUUUUUUAGGUAAAUAAUUGUAUUGAAAUGAUAAAAUUACAAGGUACAAAGCCCAAAAGCAGAGGCCGAAGACAGCCACCAAGCAGACAAGCCAACGAGGCCCAUUCAACAGUUGAAUAAAGACACUAAUAUUCUGGAAGCCCUAGAAUAGCUAUGUCUGAAACAACUAUCAUUCCGGUGCGGUCAAAGCAAUGAGGCAGAGCCUCCGGUGAUCAAUCCGGCUCCAGCGGUGGUCUAAUGAAGGACUGAGGAAGAUCCCAAUCAAGCAUGGUCCUCCUCGCAGAAGGCCCGUUCAUUGCGCUCCAUCCAGAUCUGGUUGACAGUGGUGAAGGCCCGUUCAUGCAUCAUGUGCCAUAGACAAGAAAGUCAAAAAGGAGGUCGUCCACGGGAAUUAUUAAAUUGAAGAAUUCAUUUCUUCAAUGCGCCCUCCGAGUACUGAUAAUUAGGUUCUCACCAUUUCGUUUCUAACCCAUUCAAACUUAACAGCAACUCAUCACUGCAUAAGCCUCUCCUCUCGCACAUUUGAAAUGGAUACAAAGAACCGGAAUGUGUUCAAGAUCAAGAAGAAGAAGAAGAAGACCAGCAACACUUCAUUACCACCAUCUUCCAACACUUCUUCAUCUUCCACCUCUCCACCUGCUGGAGGAUGGGAUUAUGAAGUUUUCUUGAGUUUCAGAGGUGCAGACACCCGUCAAAACUUCACUGACCACCUCUACCACGGCCUUAUGGACGCUGGAAUUCACACGUUUAGAGACGACGAUGAGCUUCGCUUUGGAGAGAGGAUAAGUGAUGAGCUUCUCGAGGCAAUACAGCACUCAAAGAUAUCCAUCCCAGUCUUUUCCAAAGACUAUGCUUCAAGUAAGUGGUGCCUAAAUGAGCUCAACAAGAUGGUUGAGCGUAAGAGGACUUUGGGGCAAUUGAUAUUACCCAUUUUCUACUACGUCGAACCGUCCGACGUGCGAAACCAGAAAGGGAGUUACGAAGAGGCCUUCCAGAAACACGAAGAGAAAUAUAAAGAUGAUAGUGCUACUGUGGAGGGAUGGAAGAAAUCCUUGAGGGAGGUUGGAGAAUUGAAGGGAUGGAGUGUGAACAAUAUCAGGCCUCAAGGAAAACUGGUAAAGAAGGUUGUUUCAAAGGUAUGGAGAGAGCUGAAAAAGAAUUACUCAUUGGUUGUAAAUGAAUGCUUGGUUGGAAUUGAUGAUCAUGUAGAAGAAAUGAUGAAAUUGUUGAGUGUUAAUUCCAACGAUGUAAGGAUUGUAGGAAUCCAUGGCAUGGGAGGAAUCGGCAAGACCACUGUAGCCAAGGUCAUCUUUGACAAACUCUCCCGACAAUUUCAUUCCCGUUGCUUCCUUGAAGAUGUUAGAAAAACAGCACAACAACACAAUGGUCUUGUUGAGUUGCAAAACCAACUUAUAUCUAGCAUCUUAAAACAGGGACGCCCUGUCUUAAUCGGGUCUAUGGAUGAAGGAAUUAUUGCAAUCAAACGUAGAUUUUCUGGAAAGAAAGUUCUUCUUGUCGUUGAUGAUGUCGAUUGCAGUGAUCAUCUUCGUGCAUUUGCACUUUUGGGAAAUCGUGAUUGGUUUGGUUCAGGAAGUAGGAUAAUUAUCACAACUAGAGACCCAGAUAUUCUAAAACAGGCUGUGGUCAAUUCGACUUAUGAACCAAAGGAAUUGGAUGAUUAUCAAGCUCUUCAACUUUUCAGCAAGUAUGCUUUUAGAACGGACCAUCCCCCACAAGACUAUCAUACUUUAUCUAGAGAUUUUGUGCACGCAACUGGAAGGUUGCCUUUGGCUCUUGAGAUUAUUGGUUCUCGUUUGUUUAGCAUUGAAAAAAAGGAAUGGGAAGAUAAAUUAAAGGAGUUGAAAAUGAUGCCAAACGAAGAUGUGCAGAAGAAGCUGCAAACAAGUUAUGACGCAUUGAAUGAUAUACAAAAACAGAUAUUUCUCGAUAUUGCCUGUCUUUUCAUUGGAGUGGAUACAAGAAUUGCUUCCCACAUGUGGGAAAGUAAUAUUAAUAUUGGAGUUCUUUUGCGCCGUUCGUUGGUAAAAAUUGGAGAUAACAAUGAGCUAGUGAUGCAUGAACAACUUAGAGAUCUUGGUAGGAAUAUUGUCCGUCGAGAUGAAAUCAACGAUCCAGGAGAACAUAGUAGGGUGUGGCUUCAUGAGGAAGCCUUCCACAUUUUAGAGAGUAGUACGGGAACAAGAAAAGUUGAAGCUAUCUGUGUGAACUUUGAAUUAGAGUCACAGGCUAAAGCUCUUACAAAUGAAGAUUUCGCAAACCUAUCUAAUCUGAGGUUCCUUCAAGUUGGCAAUGCAGAGCUGGAUGGAGAUUUUAAGAGACUUCUUUUAAAGUUAAGAUGGCUACGCUGGAACGGAUGCCCUCAAAUUUUUAGACCGACCAAUUUUCGACUAAAGAAUCUGGUCAUUCUUGAUUUAUCACGGAGCGAUAUCACAGAAGCCUGGGAGGGUUGGAAUCGUAUCAAGGAGUUUGCAACAAAGUUGAAAGUUCUAAAUCUCACAUGUUGCAAAAACAUGGUUAGCACUCCUGACUUCUCUGCAUAUGCAAAUUUAGAGAGAUUGAUUCUUGAAGACUGUGAGAAUUUGGAUCAUAUUGACCCAUCAAUUGGGAAACUCAACAGUCUAUUUUUCUUAAAUGUGAAGAAUUGUACUAAACUCAAAAGUCUGCCUCUGGGAUUUGAUUCUGUGGAAGAGCUCCUCAUCGAUGGUACUUCUAUUCAAGAAGUCCCUAUUGGUAAAGGUGUCAAGAAUCUUCAAUGCUUGUCACUAAAGGAAAGCUAUUUAAAAGAACUUCCGGACUCCAUUGGGAAAUUAGAAUCAUUAAAUGAGCUGCGCUUGUCAGGAGCAAACUUUACAGAAUUACCUGAUACCAUUGGCAACUUGGAACAUUUGAGAAUUCUUGAGGUUAGAUUCCCGAAUCUGAAAGAAAUUAAGGACCUUGACAGAUUUAAAUCCUUGGAAUUUUUGGAUAUGAGUUUGUGUGAAUCCUUGGAAAGAUUGCCCGACCUAUCAAACAUGGAAAUGCUAGAAGAAUUAAAGCUCGUCAGGUGCCAGAAGCUGCAUCUGAUUGGGGGUCUUAAGGCUAUGAAAUCCUUGAAGUUGCUGGAGUUGUCAUGGUGCACAGCCUUGGAGAGGUUACCUGAUUUGUCGAACUCGGAAAUGCUGGAAGAAUUAAUACUCUACCAGUGCGAGAAGUUACAAGAGAUUGAGGGUCUUAAAGGUUUGAAAUCCUUGAAGAUGAUGGACUUGUCAUCGUGUAUAGCCUUGGGGAGGAUACCUGAUCUGUCAAACUCGGCAAUGCUGAAAGAAUUAAAGCUCUACCGGUGCGAGAAGCUGCAAGAGAUUGAGGGUCUUGAGGGUUUGAAAUCCUUGAAGAUGCUGGACCUGUCAUCGUGCACAGCCUUGGAGAGGUUACCUGAUUUGUCGAACUCGGAAAUGUUGAAAGAAAUGAAGCUCCACAUGUGCCAGAAGCUGCAUGUGAUUGAGGGUCUUAAGGGUUUGAAAACCUUGAAGAUGCUGGACUUGUCAUGGUGCACAGCCUUGGAGAGGUUACCUGAUAUUUCGAACUCGGAAAAGUUAGAAGAAUUGAAGCUCUGCCUGUGCCAGAAUCUGCAAGUGAUUGAGGGUCUUAAGGGAUUGAAAUCCUUGAAGAUGGUGGACUUGUCAUCUUGCACAGCCUUGGAGAGGUUACCUGAUCUGUCGAACUCGGAAAUGCUGGAAGACUUAAUGCUCUACCGGUGCGAGAAGUUACAUAAGAUUGAGGGUCUUCAGGGUUUGAAAUCCUUGAAGAUGCUGGACUUGUCGUCGUGCAUAGCCUUGGAGAGGUUACCUGAGUUGUCGAACUCGGAAAAGCUGGAAAAAUUAAUGCUCCACGGGUGCGAGAAGCUGCACGAGAUUGAGGGUUUCAAGGGUUUGAAAUCCUUGAAGUUGCUGGACUUGUCAUGUUGCGCAACCUUGAAAAAGUUACCUGAUCUGUCGAACUCGGAAAAGCUGGAAGAAUUAAUGCUCCACGGGUGCAAGAAGCUGCAUGUGGUUGAGGGUUUCAUGGGUUUGAAAUCCUUGACGUUGCUGGACUUGUCAUGUUGCACCACCUUGGAAAAGUUACCUGAUCUGUCAACACUAACAAAGUUAGAGAAAUUGCUACUUCAUAAGUGUGAGAAACUUGGUGAGAUUUUGGGACUUGAAAAACUGAAAUCCGUAGAAUUGUUGGACAUUUCUGAAUGCAAGUCACUAAAAUGUCCAGACAUUUCGAACAUCAGAGAAGUUGGGCGUUGAGAGUAAAAUUUGCGGAAUGUCAGAUUUUAGUGUUUAACAUUCAACUUGAUGGCAUGGGGUUGAUUCCUAUACAGAAAAGUUGAAGUUCAUAAACAUGCAUGUUUGUUUUCAUAGAUUUUGUGAAGUCCUGAAUCAGAUCAGUAUAAAUGUCACUAGUAUGCUUACUGCCUAACUACUCUCUCUGAAACGGGCAAAGAGUGACAAGACAGUUCCCAACACUCAUAUUAAAGCCGAAAUUUUUUCUCAUGGAUAAGUGGAGGAAUUAAAGCCAGUGAAGAAGAAGCAGGAGCAUCUGGAGCAAAAGUUACGCCGGAGCUUGAGGGCCGGAAAAGGUGGGCUAUGAGAAACAAGAGGAUGAGAAGUGUUAGGAGUCGGGAAACACAGAGAUCAAAGUAUAUUGUUGUAGCAGUUUGGAAGAAGAGUUGGAAUGUUGAAAUGAAUACCCUCAUUCAUAUGCCAUAUAAAUUUUAGAUCACUCUCCUGAAAUUUCCUUUACAUCAUAUGGUACUGAUGUUUAUGUAAAUGUAAAAGCUUGUUUGAUUCUUUUGACAUAAUUAUACGGUGUGUGGAGAUGCUAAAUAAAUGUAAAAUUUAUGUGUUGCGACUCUUUUUCUUUUCA